UAGCCACGCUUAUAAGGUCAGUGGUCUUCCAAGAAACCCUAGCCGCUCUUCUGCCCCUCAUAGACAAACCCUAGCGAAGAGGAGCGAUGGUGUCGCUGAAGCUGCAGAAGCGGCUCGCUGCGAGCGUUCUCAAGUGCGGCAAGGGGAAGGUGUGGCUCGAUCCCAAUGAAUCCAGCGAGAUCUCUAUGGCCAACUCUCGCCAGAACAUUAGAAAGCUGGUGAAGGAUGGGUUCGUCAUCAGGAAGCCCACGAAGAUCCACUCUAGGUCUCGUGCUCGGAGAGCUCUCGAGGCAAAGAGGAAGGGUCGCCACUCUGGAUAUGGUAAGCGCAAGGGUACAAGGGAAGCUAGGCUGCCAACUAAGAUUCUUUGGAUGAGGAGAAUGCGUGUUCUUAGGCGCUUGCUUCGCAAAUACAGGGAGGCAAAGAAGAUUGACAAACACAUGUAUCAUGACAUGUACAUGAAGGUUAAAGGUAAUGUUUUCAAGAAUAAGAGGGUGCUGAUGGAGAGCAUCCACAAGUCAAAGGCUGAGAAGGCAAGAGAGAAGACUUUAUCUGAUCAGUUUGAAGCAAAGCGUGCCAAGAGCAAGGCUAGUCGGGAAAGGAAGAUUGCCCGGAGGGAGGAGCGCUUAGCUCAGGGCCCUGGUGAGCAACCUGCACCUGCACCCACCUCACAGCCUGCAGAAGCACCUAAGAAGUCGAAGAAGUGAUCGAGGACACGACCACAAGCUUCGACCUGAUGUAGCAUCUCCAUGCAAAUUACUUUUUGAUGAUGAUGUUGACUUUGUUACAGAUUUGCUUCUUUAGUUUAUUUCUUUAUGCCAAGAAAACUGUUUCAGACACUAAUUCUUGCUUUGAACUUGUUUCUAUUAUUCUCUUCCAUGUUUGUUCACAAAUUCCCUAAUGUUUAUUGGAGUUAAAAAUCAAUCUGUCUGUGUUUGUGGUUU